CAGAUCCUAGACCAGAACCCAAGACAGAAGCAGAAUGAGUGCCUCAGCACUACAGACCGCAGGUUUUGUAUCGGGCGCCAUCGGUACGGUAGGAGUUCUUGCUGCAACGGUUAUGGAUGUGUGGUGCACCGAAGACCAGCAGGAGAACAAGGCCACCUCCAGCUACCAUUAUAAGGGCCUGUGGAAGGACUGCGAGGUGUCCCAGACGGGACUUGCUGAGUGCCAGCCUCUUUACAGCUUCCUGAGCUACUCAAGAAUCCUUCAGGCUAUAAGAGCUCUGAUGAUAGUGGCAGUAUUAGUCGGUGUGAUUGCAGUGUUCAUCGCAUUCUUCUGCCUGAAGUGCCUGAAUAUAAGAAGCAUGGAUCUCCUGACCAAGGGCAAACUGGUGCUAAGUGCAGGGAUUUUAUUUAUCAUUGCUGGCAUUUUUGACAUUUCUGGAUCAUCAGUGUAUGCUGAUCAAAUAGUGCCUAGUUUCAUGAUGCAAUACCCGACCCAACAUAAUCAAAAGCAAGGAGAGAAGGGAGGAGUAAAUUGUGGGAAUGGCAUGGGCAUGGGCAUGGGCACGGGUACGGGUAUGGGCAUGGGCAUGGGAGGAAAUGAUUUAUUUGCUUUCAGGUACACAUUUGGUUCCGCCCUCUACGUAGCCUGGGUAGCUGGAGCUUUGUUGCUUUUGGGAGGAAUUUUGAAAUGCAUUGCAUUCUGUACAAUGCAAAACAACACCGAUACGAGAGAUGGCUAUAUUUACAAUGCCACAGCCCAGCGGAGUGGGGCAGAUGAAGACUGUCACCUCCAGAGAGUGAGAGGAGAACAACAACAAAUUUAAGCAAAGAAAAAAAAAAUCUUGUCAGUCGUA